CUGGCGCUAGUGUCCGGAGACCCUCCUGUGGCCGCUCCCUGGGAAAAGCCGCCCCCGGGAACAGCGACCGCGCCGGGGGAGACCCAACCUGAGGGGGCACGACCCCAGCAGCUGCUUGCUUAUCACGGGCGGGCGGACCCUUCCCGGAUCCCCUUCGUCCCUUCUUGGAAAGUCACUGUUCUGGUCACUUCGGAAAUAAACAGUCUCGCAUCCGAGAGGGAGGGGGGAGAAUCCGAGGAUACCGCCCCCUCCGCCUUCAUUUUUUUUUGAGGCUCUUGUUGGGAGAUUGCCAACAGCUCUUCCUCUGAGCUUUCCCUCCCCUCCGCGCCGGGAGAUUCCGCACCCCUUGGCACCGGCGCGCUUGGGUGCCUUCGCCUUCUUCGUGCGCCCUCGGAGACGCCUUCGUGCGCCCAGCGGGAGCGAGAUGCCGCUGCUGUUGGCGGCUUCUGAGCGCAUAUGAGGAAAAGGGGCACCGGCUGGAGAGAGGGAGAAAUGAACCAUUUUCAGCAGGGGAUACUACUGCUGCUCUUCCUGCUCCUGGAGUAUUCAGAGGCCAAAAAGCAGUGCUGGUACUUUGAAGGGGUGUAUCCUACAUAUUAUAUAUGCCGCUCCUAUGAAGAUUGCUGUGGUUCAAGAUGCUGCAUAAGGACUUUGUCUAUCCAGCGACUAUGGUAUUUUUGGUUCCUUCUGAUGAUGGGAGUUUUGUUCUGUUGUGGGGCGGGUUUUUUUAUCCGAAGGCGGAUGUAUCCUCCACCGCUGGUUGAUGAAACAACAUACAACGUGUCGUAUACCCGGCCACCUAACCCCCCUGCAGCAGGAGCCCAGCAGCCCGGGAUGGCGUACUACACAGACCCAGAAGGAGCAAUGAUGAACCCCAUGGCUAUGACUUACCAUGUCCAACCUAAGUCCCCACAAGUGAACCCAGCUUACCCUCCUCUCCCUUCUUACUGUAAUACCCCACCACCACCAUAUGAGCAGGCGGUGAAAUCCUCCACUUAACCUCUCUUCUCUGCAGUGAACAGUGACUUGGGCAGAAGAGAGCAGGCUUGGGAGCAGCAGAAGACUUGCUAGUGCUCUGUUGACCUUCGCUCCCCUCCUAGUUAGCACUGUUUGGACAUUGAUGAAUGUGCAGCCCCAGGGUAAGGUUACCAGAUUUUUUUCAAUGAAUCCGGGGACACUUUUCAACUUCAAUGGGUUUUCUAUGGGGACUGAUUUGUAAAUCCGGGGACUGUCCCCAGGAAAUGGGGACGUCUGGUAACCUUACCCCAGGGGGAAUUCUUCUCUGAUGUCUUCAAAGCAAGAAUGAAAGUUUUUAUAGUGCUUUUUAUUGGAAGCCUAUAUUUAAAUCCCAUACACUUUUAAAAAAUUGUCUUUGUGAUUUUAAGACAUGUAUUAACUUAUUGAUGCAGCACAGUAUGGAAAUAAGCACAAAACAAUGUAUACCAGCCUAAGAACCUUUGAGUCACUUGUAUUUUAAAUAUGGGAAACUAGGAGCACAGGACAGGAGGUAAUGGCAGAAGCAAGUGGAAGAUGUGAGAUGAGGGAUGUUUGUUAAUAAAGGAAGCGACUGGAUCAUGCGACUCCAAGGAACUGUGGUAAGAUAAAGUGUGGGAAAUGGUUCCAGGGCGGAAAAAUAUCCAUCCUCAUGCUUCACUUGAACAAACACUGGGUGGAACAGGAUUAUAGCAGCAUCUUAAAUCUAGUUCCCUUUAUUUUUUGCUGUCAGUUGUUUUUGGGAGGAAAGGAAUGUCUUGCUGAUGUACUGUUGAUGGUGUGAAUAUCAUAGCAAUUGUGUGGAAGGUAAAAAUGUUCAGCACCAACAAUGAUAAGCAGAGGUCCUAGGAAAUAUUUAUUCUCUAAAGAGAAUUCAUAAAAUAAAAUGGGUAGUCUUUGAAUCAGAGUUUUCCUAUUGACUUUGGGCCCCUUUGCAUGACAUUAUUUAGGCGUACACUGAAGAUAUUCAUUGUAUGCAUCUGAAAAUGUGUGACAGAUGUGAAUUGCACAAAUACACUCAGCAGAGCCACAGGAUUGGUUUCAGUAGCCUGUUGAGUAUACACUUGAUGGUUUUGCCCAGGGGUCCCCAAACUAAGGCCCGGGGGCCAGAUGCAGCCCAAUCGCCUUCUAAAUCCAGCCCGUGGAUGGUCCAGGAAUCAGCAUGUUUUUACAUGAGUAGAAAGUGUUCUUUUAUUUAAAAUGCAUCUCUGGGUUAUUUGUGGGACCUGUCUGGUGUUUUUACAUGAGUAGAAUGUGCCCUUUUAUUUAAAAUGUGUCUCUGGGGGAUUUGUGGGGCAUAGGAAUUCAUUCAUUUCCCCCCCCCCCCAAAAAAAAUAUAGUCUGGCCCCCCACAAGGUCUGAGGCUGGAAAAGUUUGCUGACCCCUGGUUUUGCCUUUCUUUGUGUGAUGUGUCAGGUGACCCAUAGGUAAUAUUUGGAUGUUUAGUAUUCCUUCUCCACAUUCCUCUGGGGCCUGAGUCUUUCAUUUUUAAAAUGGUAAAGUUACUUCAAGGUGACUUUUACUCAUUGAUUUUGAUGUGGUGACUGAUUUAUUCAAAAUGAACUUCAUAGGAGAUGUAAAGGUAAAGGGACCCCUGACCAUUAGGUCCAGUCAUGACCGACCCUGGGGUUGCGGCGCUCAUCUCACAUUAUUGGCCGAGGGAGCCGGUGUACAGCUUCCAGGUCAUGUGGCCAGCAUGACAAAACCACUUCUGGCGAACCAGAGCAGCACAUGGAAAAGCCGUUUACCUUCCUGCUGGAGCAGGAGCUAUUUAUCUACUUGCACUUUGAGGUGCUUUCGAACAGCUAGGUUGGCAGGAGAUGUAAGAGUUACCAAAUACUAGGGAAUGAUUCCAGUUUUCCAGGAUAUGAUGAAGAAAUGAUGUAGAAAUUAAGACCACUAGAAAACAACAGAUUCAUUCCAUAUCAGGGUAAGUUUAUUAUAUAAAAAAAUGAAUACUGGAAGCUUCCAUGGUUUCUGCUUGAGAUAAAUGUCCUUCAUUUGUCUUCCAUUGUUAUGCCCUUCUGGGUUUGGAUUGCAAAGAUUCCUCCUGCACUUGCUUCUCAGUCUCUUGUUAUGUUGUAAUUGCAGAGCAGAUGAGACCUUGCUUAGGGUGGCCAGGUUGCAGAUUUCGCCAUUGCUUUGUUUCAGCUCCUGAACUGGGAGGGCAGGCAGUGGCCGUUUCUCCCAUAUACGUCACCCACUUUCCUUUUGUUCACUCUCCUCUUCACCUGCUGUAUCAACCAGGUGUAUCAACCCUCAGGCGACACACCAAAGUAUCGAGCGGAGACCCCAGGUGUAUACAGUUGCCACGACAACGUAUCCCAGUUUUCAGUUUAAGGGAAAGUGGGAAUCGGUAUGGAAUUAUGUUUAAGGGACUUGAGAGGUGGGCUUUUCUUUAUCUUAGAAAAAUAUCUUAGUUAUUAUUGAAUGUGAUCAUAGAAUCAUAGAAUUGUAGAGUUGGAAGGUACUUCAAGGGUCAACUAGUCCAACCCCCUGCAAUGCAGGAAUUUUUUGCCCAACAUGGGACUCGAAUCCACAACCCUGAGAUUAAGAGUCUCAUACUCUUCGGACUGAGCUAUAAUGGGCAGUACAGUGGAACCUCGGUUUAUGAACACCUCAUUUUAUGAAUUUUCGGUUUACGAACGCCGCGGACCCAUCUGGAACGGAUUAAUUCACUUUCCAUUACUUUCAAUGGGAAAGUUCGCUUCAGUUUAUGAACAGACUUCCGGAACCAAUUGAGGUACCACUGUAUUAUGAAAGCAAUAUUUAAAACAAACUUUGGUUUUAAUAUACUCAGAGCCUUGAAUCAGUUCUAGUGUUCUAGCAUUCACAAAAAAGGCAGAAUUGUCUGACAUAUGUAAUGUAAAAUGGCCCUAAGGCUGUAAUCUGAAAGACGUAAACCAGGAUAUGGAGAGGAGUUAUUGCUUUGUUUUUGUAUCUGUUUUUAUUAUGUAUUUUGUGUUCUCAUUUUUAUGUUCUGAACCACCCUGUGAUCUUUGGUUGAACAGCGGUAUACAAAUUUAAUAAAUAAUAAUAAUAAAUAAUGUGAAGUUUGGGUGACUUGCAUCAAAGUAAAUUUGUUUAAGUGUGUGCAGUAAAUACCAAAUUCUAGAUUUAAUCUCUGUUGUUUUGAAAUCAGCUUUCAGUGUUACUUAGACUGAACUGGAGCAAUGUAAGCUUCACCUUUCAUUUGCACAUGUGGCCCAUGCAGAUCACUUGAACACACAGUGCACAGCUUCUCAGAUCAAACCUUUAAUUGAAAAUGGCUGUUUUAUAUUAUUCCCAACAUGUCUUUGAUGGAUCUAAUAACAGUGCCAUUUUUUAAAUAAAAGAAAAAGAAAAUAUGAUGUAAGCAUUAAACCAAGUAUAGCCAAUAUUGCUCUCAUCAGAUGUUUGACAGCUCUUUAAAAAAAAAAGUGCCCAUACUUGCAAUGAAGUUGUUACAGUAAGUACCACACUUUAAACCAGUGCUUUUCUUCUAGAAAAAAAGGGUGCUGGCACUACGCACCCUUGUGUACCCCCAGAAAAAAGCACUGACUCUCAUAAUCCCUUCACAACCCAGUCAGAUGGGAGGGGAACAAAUAAUAAAGUUAUUAUUAUUUUCAAAAAACACUUCCGUAUGCAAGGCUACCUUCAGAUGUCUUAUAAUCGCCAUAUAGUUGUUUACUCUGCGGGGGGGGGGGGAGAUUGCCUAGGGGACGCUAGGCGGCAUUGGGGCACUGGAGAUGUCAAUGACUAUCGUACUUUAAACAGCUGGCAUUGCUGAAUCAAGUACACUUAAUUUUGCUGAAUUAAAGAAACUAAACAGUUUUAACUGAAUUCUGAAUAAAUGUGCAAUUAAUAGCUCCUGUUUCUAUGUAUUAAUGUCGCCCUUAGUGGGGGUCGUGCAAGCCACUGUUCUGAAUAAUUCUGAGUAACUCCGCUUGAGUCCCGUUUGUCUUCAAAUACAUUUAUUGUGCUAAUUAUUUACAGUGCAGAGACAGCUUAAAACAUGACCUCUCAUCCCGAAUCAGAAUCCGGCAAUGGCGUACGUCAGUUCCUACGGCAGCAAAGUAGUCGGGGCACCCCAAAACGCCGCCCCCUUGACCUGCGUUGCGGCGCUCUCUUUACUUCUUGCGCCGGAAGGAGUGAUGCCCUUUCAGUUUCCUCCCUGAGCAGUCGGUGACCUGGCUCUCCAACAUCCCUGAGCCCCUGUCUGCAUCUCUCCGCCCCCGAGCUCUCCCCCUCCGAGUCUCUUCCCUCCCCUCUGGUUGCUUCAGAACCACUGGUGCUCUCUGUACUUGAAGAUGUGGACGUCAGGAUGAUGGGGGCUGGCUCCCUGUAGGGAGUCACCCUUACAGGUUGUUUAUUAUUUGAGGCUGAAAUGGACCUUUGCUCUCCGGGGCUUACUUGCGAGUAGGCAUUAUAGACGUACCUUGGCCAUGGGGAAGGGAAUAGCUUGUUGAAGUAAUGCUAUUUUAAGUGACACAGGUUUCCAGAAAAUAGUGGAAACACCUUGGCACUGUUAAAGGGUUCUGAUAUUUGCAUUGUAUUUCCUUCCACCACGGAAAAGGGUUUCUUACCGCUGGCUGUGUCCUCCCUGUGGGAUGGAACACUGGGGCAGACAAGUCACAACAGUUCCUAGAGUGUCCACUAACAGGAACUCACCUGGAGGGACACCUGACUACAGGUCAGUUCCUGUUCCCUCAGACAUGCAAAUGAGUUGGAUUAGACAAAAGCCCUAGCCUGCAAUCACUCUCUCUCUUAGCUACUUCCUCCUUCGAUGGGAACACAUCUCCAGAGAAUCUCCAGUUAACAUGGUUCUCACUCUAGGCCUGCAGCCAAGAGUGAGACCAAAUGGAGUCUUACUUUACUAAGUAGUCUCUAGAUAUAUAUGUACUUGUAACUUUUCUAAGCAAGCCUGCCUUUCUGAGAUUAUGCUGUAACUCAGGAUGAAACUGUAAGUAAACUCGUAUCUUAUUUUAUAAA